UUGCGUUACCUCUUGAUACGUACAUUUAGCGCGUACAUCAAACGAAAGCUAAAGGUUUGCAAUCGAAGCCGACUCGCUUCCGAUCGAGCCUAUUUAGCAUAAUACAGUAAAAAAUAGUUUUCGUUGCCACGCUCAUAAAAAUAGCAGUCAGGAUGAAAUUAUUUGGACUGUUUUCUUGUCUUCGUCGAGAAGAAGUGGAAAAGCCAAAAAUGGUACCGAACGCGCGUGGACUUGGCAAUAGUGAUGAAAAGUCCAAAGCUCCGGUUACCAUAAGUUCUUUGUAUGCUGAACAUUUCGAGGGAAAGACUUCUAUUGUCAAAGAAUUAGAGGCUCUGGGCAUCGAUAAAACCAAGUGUCAAGAGGGUCGGCCUUUCAGGAAGCGAGAUUUAUGGCUCCAGGCUUUGGCUGCCAUCAGUGCGAGCGUAGCUCUGAUCGCGUGCGGCGGUCACGUGGGAUGGACCUCGCCGGCGCUGCCCUACCUCGAGCGCGAGUACGGCGUUAGCAAGGUGCAGUCGUCCUGGAUCGCCUCGCUCUACACGCUGGGCGGCAUACUGGGCUCGCUGCUGAGUCCUCUGCUGCUGGAGCGCCUCGGCCGGAAAGGCUCGCUGCUGAUGUUCGCCGGGCCCCAGAUCGUCGGCUGGAGCAUCGUCAUACCGGCCCGAUCGGUCGAGCUUCUGCUGCUGGCCCGCUUCGUGGCCGGGGUCGGGCACGGCGGCAUAUUCAACGUGGCGACCAUCUACAUGGGCGAGAUCGCGGACCGUCGGGUGCGCGGCGCCUUCGGCACUCUGCUCAAGCUCAGCGUCAAUCUGGGCGGCCUGUUCGCCACGACCGCCGGAGCUUUUCUGCCCUACCAGCAGCUGAACCUCGUGGAGCUCGGGCCGCCGCUGCUCUUCGUGGCGAGCUUCGUCUUCAUGCCCGAGUCGCCGUACUUUUAUCUGAGCCGAGGCCAGACCGAGCGGGCCACGGCCUGCGUGCUGAGGCUUCGCCGGCGCAAGUCCCUCGACGAGCCCCUUCGUCGAGAGCUCGACUCGAUGCAGCGGGACGCGCUCGAGAAUCGCGACUCCGAACACCAAGGGGGUCUCGUUCGGCUGCUGUGCGAGAAUCGCCGAGCCGUCUGGAUCGUGCUGGCGCUCAAGUUCACUCAGCACAUGUCCGGCCACCAGGCGAUCGUCAGCUACACCCAGGAGAUCUUCGGCUACAGCUACGACUCGAGCGAGGGAGGCUCCCUGGGACCCGAGCACUGGGCCAUAGUCCUGGGACUGGCUCAGCUGGCUGCCGGUCUACUGGCUGCCCUGCUGGUCGAUCGCCUGGGACGCCGACCGCUCAUCCUCGUCUCGGGCUUGGCUGCGGCCUUCUGCCUGGCUCUCGUCGGCUACUUCUUCUUCGUUAAGGAGGAGCUCGGACGCGACGCCUCCCAUCUGGUCUGGCUGCCGGCCACCGGCAUCAUAGGCUACGAGAUCUUCGUGUCCUUCGGCAUCGGCACCAUACCCUACGUCCUGCUCGGCGAGAUCUUUCCGGCCAAUUUGAAGGGCACAGCCGUGGCCAUGGCCAUCGUCGUUGGCUCGCUCUUCGGAUUCCUCGUCAGUUUCGGUUACCAGCACGUCGUCUUGCUGCUCGGAGUUUAUCCGACCUUUUGGAUCUUCGCGGCCUGCUGCGCUGCCGGGACCAUCUGCAUUUAUGUCAUUACGCCCGAGACCAAAGGAAAGUCGCUCGAGGAAAUUCAGAUCAUCAUCAACCCGAAGAGAUCUCAAGUCUACGUUCGUCCACCUUCUAUGACCAAAGUCUGACGUGUCCAAGCUCCGCGAUCCUGCUGUAUUAUGUAUAGUAUUUGCAAUUGUUCAUAUGUUGUAUAUAGCCAUGUACUUCGUUAAGAAUCUCGCAUGUUUGUAUUUAUAUAGCAUUGUAUAUUUUUGUACAUAUUUUUAAUAAAUUACAAAAUAAUUAAACCUCUUCCGAAUUGGGUUAAUUUUAACUUUUCAACAAAUAUUCCACAUUCGUAAGAAACUAUACUAACUAUCAUUAUUAAAUAGAUCGUAAAAUAUAUAAUCUUAUACUGGAACUAACAAUAAGUCAGUGUGCAUAUAAAAAUAUGUUUAUUGGCAAUUCUAAAGUUUAGCUAAAAACUGGAAAAACCAGUUUUGCACGCGCAAAAACGUUACUUUUAUCAGUCUAUAGUAUCACAGUUGUGUAUCGGGUACCCCUCUUCAAGAUUGCCGAUUCCUUUCAUCCUGAAAAUAAAAGAAAAAAGUGGUCAACGAAAGCUUGAUGGAUUAGUGGAUUAGUUGCAUGGAUCAUGACAUAAAGGUCUCGUCAGUAUAUUUUUAUGAUCAUAAAAAUCUGGAAUACAAUACAAAAAAUGAGAAAAAGAAAAACAAGUCGUUUUGGUAUUUUUGCUUUUUUAUACAGUUUGUAUUUAAUUUCUGUAUCUGUAGUUAACUUCAAAUAUCAUCAAAACCAUGACAGCCAAGUCACAGUUACAGUCAUUUUCAUAAGCUAAAAUUCCCUUUCACCAGGGCUUUUAUCUAUAAUUAUACAUAUAGGACAUCUCAUGUUUAUUUUAUUUUAUAGACGUACGGAUAAAAUUGUUUCUCUAUUUUUUUCGUUUAAAAGAUAUAAAUUAUUUAUGUAUGAAAAAGUAUAUCAUUUAGUAUAGCGCUCGCGCUUUACAUAUUUUUUGUUUGUUUGUACCUUUUGUUAUCCUUAUUUUCUGUUUCUUAAUUGUUAUUUGUUUACCAUUCAGCUUUGCAAUAAGACAAUUAAUAUAUAAUGGUACUAACGUGUUUGUUCAUUUCAACCGAGUUCAAAGGUUUUAAGAAUAUAUAUAUAUAUAACGAAUAUACGAACACACACAUUUAUUUAACAGUUAAUUUUAUGCUUUAGAUGUCAUGUAAGCUUGGACAAUGAGCUUGUUAAGAAAAUAAUGCGCUAUCUCUUUUUAUAUUGUAUGUUAUGUGCUUUGCUUUUUUACUUCACCAUAGUUUUUUAUUCAAUCUUUAAAUGAUACUAGGAAACCAAGUGGUUUUCUCUUAAUUCAAUUUGAAGAAUUUAUAUCUUACUCGCUUGCACAUUAUUCUGCACGGGCACAAUUUUUAUUGUAUCGAAUCCGACGCGUAAAUAUACAAUCACCAUAUUUAUUACAUAAAACCUAAAAGAUAACUAUAAUAUCUCUCGUUUUUUCACUGGACUUUCAACUUAUUUUAGUUGCAUUGAAAUAAAAACAUGAUAUUUAUAAAGUGUGAAAAAUAUAUCUUUUGGACGAUAAAAAUGCAUUUCAUCAUUUAUAAAUGCAGCACUUCACGUUAAUUAUCUUAGGCUCAUUAUUGGAAAAAAAGUUAAUGUCUCAGAAAAUAUUAUUCAUAAAAAAUAUUAUUACCAUGAUUUUUAGGUCAGUUAAGUAUCGACUCUUUGAGUAAAGCACUUUAGAGAGUUGACGUGAAAUGUUACAUAUCGCAGAUCAACGAUCGUUACUACGUCUUAGUUAAAAUAUUCUCGAUAUACGCGCGAAUUUACCAAUAUUUUAAAGUACAAUAAUAAAUUAUAUAUAUACUAGACCAAUGAGUCAAGUAUAUUAAAUAAAAAUAUCUAUAUAUGCAAAAU